AGGCGGCGGCGGCCGGUCCCGGGACAGCGACGCAGCGCGCCCGCGGCCGCGACAGGGCCGGUCAGGCUCCGCAGCCCGCCGCAGCCGCCGCCUCGCCGCCGAGGGCCCGAGAUCGCGGCGGCGGGUGCGCGGCCUGUGAGAGCGGCCGGAGCGGCGGGCGCGGCGCGGCGCCGAGCGUCCUGUCAGGCGGCCGAGGGCGCCGCGGACCCGCGCCGCGAUGAUGCCGAUGAUAUUAACCGUGUUCUUGAGCAACAACGAGCAGAUUUUAACAGAAGUUCCCAUAACACCAGAAACAACAUGUCGAGAUGUUGUAGAAUUUUGCAAGGAACCUGGAGAGGGCAGUUGCCAUUUAGCUGAAGUGUGGAGGGGAAACGAGCGUCCCAUACCCUUUGAUCACAUGAUGUACGAACAUCUUCAGAAGUGGGGGCCACGCAGGGAAGAAGUGAAAUUUUUCCUUCGACAUGAGGAUUCCCCAACCGAGAGCAGUGAGCAAGGUGGCCGUCAGACCCAAGAGCAGAGAACUCAGAGAAAUGUAAUAAAUGUACCUGCAGAAAAACGCACAGAAAAUGGCGUUGGAAAUCCACGUGUAGAACUUACCCUCUCAGAGCUCCAAGAUAUGGCAGCCAGGCAACAGCAGCAAAUUGAAAAUCAGCAGCAAAUGUUGGUUGCCAAGGAACAACGUUUACAUUUCCUAAAGCAGCAGGAGCGCCGUCAGCAGCAGUCUAUCUCUGAAAAUGAAAAGCUUCAGAAACUGAAAGAGCGGGUCGAAGCCCAGGAAAACAAGCUGAAGAAAAUCCGCGCCAUGAGAGGACAAGUAGACUACAGCAAAAUCAUGAACGGCAACUUGUCUGCCGAAAUAGAAAGGUUCAGCGCCAUGUUCCAGGAAAAGAAGCAGGAAGUACAAAGUGCAAUAUUAAGAGUUGAUCAGCUCAGUCAGCAACUGGAAGAUUUAAAGAAAGGAAAGCUGAGCGGCCUCCAGUCUUACAACGGCAAGCUGGCGGGACCGGCGGCGGCGGAGUUGAAAAGACUGUACCAAGAGCUACAGAUUCGUAAUCAGCUUAACCAGGAACAGACUUCAAAGCUCCAGCAGCAGAAGGAACUCUUGAAUAAACGCAACAUGGAGGUGGCCGUGAUGGACAAGCGGAUCAAUGAACUGCGUGAACGUCUUUAUGGGAAGAAAAUUCAGGCAUGUGAGAAAGAAAAUAUUUGUCUGAGCCGUGUGAAUGGCACGUCGUCACCACAGUCGCCGCUCAGCACGCCUGGCAGGGUUGCUGCAGUGGGGCCUUAUAUCCAGGUCCCCAGUGCCGGUGGCUAUUCUGUCCCAGGGGACCCCAUAAAGCCCCAGUCUCUCACUAUCGCCUCAAGUGCUGCCCACGGAAGAUCCAAAUCCGCCAAUGAUGGAAACUGGCCAACGUUAAAACAAAAUUCUAGUUCUUCAGUGAAGCCGACGCAGAUCGCCAGUGUGGACUGGAAGGACUCAAACGUGGAGGGUCCUCUCAAGCAAGGGGCCGUCUCGAGCCAGCCUGUGCCCUUGUCAACUUUAGGAGCCACAGAGAAGCUGGGCGUCGAGAUCGGUAAAGUGCCACCCCCCCUCCCUGGUGUCGGCAAGCAGCUGCCUCCCAGCUACGGGACAUACCCCAGCCCUGCGCCCGUGGGCCCCGGCUCCACAAACUCCCUGGAGAGGAGGAAGGAGGGCAGCUUGCCCAGGCCCGGCGCAGGCCCGCCCAGCCGGCAAAAACCCGCCCCGCUGCCCACCUCGGGUGGCCACACGUCUGCUUCCUCACAGCAGAUUCAGCAGAGGAUCUCUGUGCCGCCGAGUCCCACGUACCCGCCGGCGGGGCCGCCUGCUUUCCCGGCUGGGGACAGCAAACCUGAACUCCCACUGACUGUGGCCAUUAGGCCCUUUCUGGCUGAUAAAGGGUCAAGGCCACAGUCCCCCAGGAAAGGACCCCAGACAGUGAAUUCAAGUUCCAUCUACUCCAUGUACCUCCAGCAAGCCACGCCUCCUAAGAAUUACCAGCCAGCGGUGCACAGCACCUUAAAUAAGUCUGUUAAAGCAGUGUACGGUAAACCCGUUUUACCAUCCGGGUCAACGUCCCCGUCACCCUUACCGUUUCUUCACGGGUCGCCGGCCACAAGCACGUCGCAGUCCCAGCCGCCUUCGGAAAGUGCUGAGAAAGAGCCGGAGCAGGACAGCCCUGCCCCUCCUGGAGACGGCGGCACCGGCACGGGCACUGUGGAGAGCCUGCCGCGGCCGCUCAGCCCCACCAAGCUCACGCCCAUCGUGCACUCGCCGCUGCGCUACCAGAGUGACGCCGACCUGGAGGCCUUGCGCAGGAAGCUGGCCAACGCGCCCCGGCCCCUAAAGAAGCGCAGCUCCAUCACGGAGCCCGAGGGCCCCGGGGGGCCCAACAUCCAGAAGCUGCUGUACCAACGCUUCAACACCCUGGCCGGCGGCAUGGAGGGCACCCCUUUCUACCAGCCCGGCCCCUCGCAGGACUUCAUGGGCACCCUGGCCGACGUGGACAAUGGAAAUACCAAUGCCAACGGGAACCUGGGAGAGGCUGGCCCCGCCCAGCCCACAGCCCCACUCCCCUCCGAGCCUGCCCCGUCUUCGGACGCCAACGACAAUGAGCUCCCUUCCCCUGAACCGGAGGGGCUCAUCUGUCCCCAGAGCACCCACCAAACGGCCGAGCCUGCCGAGGACGACAACAACAACGUGGCCACAGCCCCGUCCACAGAACAGGUCCCCAGCCCUGGGGCCGAGGCCCCCUCACCGGGGGAAGACCAAGCCCCCCCACUGCUGCCCCCCACCGUGCCCCCGCCUGGAGCCUCUACGAGCAAACGGACCAACCUGAAGAAGCCUAACUCGGAGCGGACAGGGCACGGGCUGAGAGUCCGGUUCAACCCCCUGGCGCUGCUCCUAGAUGCUUCUCUGGAAGGCGAGUUUGACCUGGUGCAAAGGGUCAUCUACGAGGUGGAAGACCCUAGCAAGCCCAAUGACGAAGGGAUCACUCCGCUGCACAAUGCCGUCUGCGCCGGCCACCACCACAUCGUGAAGUUCCUGCUGGAUUUUGGGGUCAAUGUGAACGCUGCCGACAGUGAUGGCUGGACGCCGCUUCACUGCGCCGCCUCUUGCAACAGCGUCCACCUCUGCAAACAGCUGGUGGAGAGCGGCGCUGCCAUUUUUGCCUCCACCAUCAGCGACAUCGAAACCGCCGCGGACAAGUGUGAAGAGACGGAGGAAGGCUACAUCCAGUGUUCCCAGUUCCUCUACGGGGUGCAGGAGAAGCUGGGCGUGAUGAACAAAGGAGUGGUGUACGCCCUGUGGGGCUACGAGGCCCAGAACAGCGACGAGCUGUCCUUCCACGAGGGGGAUGCCAUCGCCAUCCUGAGGCGCAAGGACGAGAGUGAAACCGAGUGGUGGUGGGCUCGCCUUGGGGACCGGGAGGGCUACGUGCCCAAAAACCUGCUGGGGUUGUAUCCACGGAUCAAACCCCGACAGCGAACGCUAGCCUGAGCUUCCGUCUGGAGCGCCGCCCGCGCUUGCCCGCCGCGAGGAGCCGCCGGGGAGACCGCCCUGCCGUUUCUGCGGGAGCUGCAGCUAGACGUGUUUAUAAUGGUGCUCACUUGCGCAGACAGCAUCCACAAUGUGAAAUCCCUGCAGUUUCUCGGUGAGGCCCUUUCUUCAGUUUGCCCGUAACUGGGAGAGGUACUUUUGCCUCCAGGAAGAUUGAAUUUUGCCAAUUACUGUAAAUCCAAAUAAACAUGCAGCUUUCUAAACAGCUGUCCCCGUUGCCAAUAAGCAGCUCUAUCAUUUACCCCUGGUCGGUUGCCAGUGAAGACGAACCCUCUGACUUUGGCCCCAAGGCCUUCCUCUACGUCCCUCCACCCCAGCACUGAGAACGCGCAGCUGCUGUGAGGUGUGCGCCCCCUGCUACCGGAAAUGGCAGCCGCCCGCCAUCCUCUCCACCCUGACCACACGCAUCUCUUCAUUUCCCUACCGAGAGGGCCCCUGUGCGGAAGCUUCUGGCAGUGGUGGGGCGUGGUGCGUGUGUGCUGAGCAUUGGCAUAGGUCACCUACACACGGGCCGACGGCGGGCCGUGCUUCUGCGUCCCGGGCUCCAGAGCCCUUAAUACCAAGUGACGAGCAGUCAGGAGCCUCAAGAUAGCACUGUCCCCUCCUCUGCACUAUGUGCAGCCCACGGGCCGGCAGCCUAAGGUCAGGGUGGGGCGGAUGUGGGGGUGCCUGCAUGUCGGGAGGGGCAGCUGGGGUGGGGGGGCCCAGCCUCCCGGGUCUGGCCCGGCCACGAUGCAGUAACCUGUGCCCGGUCCAGACUUCAAGUAAGGCGCUUAAGUUUGAACUGUACGUACAGACUUUUAUAUACCAAAAGUAUUUUUUGACUAGAUCAUUCGAAACUACCAGAAUGAUGGAAAUGUUUUCUUCUCUCAUUAAAAUCCAGGCCCUUAGGCUUUAUUUUCCA